CGAUGAUCAAAUCAAACGCACCAUAACACAUUUCUUUGAACACUUCAUUUUUUGACGUUUAUUUGACAAAAUAAUCACAGAUUAUUUAGUUUCUUUAUUCCAUAAAUGCCAGUUGUUCAAUGAAAUGCUUUACACUAACUUUUUCAUUUUACUAAUAUUUUACACCAAGUUCAGUGUUGCUUAUAUCUACCCCAUAUUAUGUCGGUCUUGUGGAUACAAAAUAGAUGCGGUCGCUUCAAAACUAGAGCUAGAAGAUGAGAGUCAAUCUGGAAUGGAUAUAAUCCGAAGUAUAAUAAUACCUAUUAGUAACGGAGUCUGCAACAUAUGGAUAAAUUUUCUGGAAGUGUACCACUGCGUAUAUUCUAAAUAUUUUCUAAAAGAAGAAGAACGACCAAUACCGAAACCGAAAUCAUUCAUAGACGAAUUGACUUAUUGGAUUGGUUUUGCGAAGGAAGAAGAACCGCCAAUUAAAUGUUCUUAUUAUGCUUUUACUAUAGUUAGUGUAUCAAUCCUUUUCUUAAUGUGCCUUUUGUACUCUAUAAAGAAAAUGAUGGAUUAUUUUCGAGAAGAUGAAUAUCCUUUCGAAGUAGGAUUUAACAAAAGAUUUAAUAUGUGUAGUUGCAAGCUGAAUGAUUUUAUUUAUGAUGAUUAGCGCUUAAAAUAUACUCUGCAAUCAAAAAAACGGGGAUUUUCAUAGUGAUUAGGAGCAAACCACUAAGGGUGACAAUAUAAUCAGAUAGGAAUAGUUUUAAUUAAUAUUAUAUAGCUGAGUUUAAAGGAGCAUAGAUGCUGGAAAUAUAAAAUGAGAGGUUACAAAUAAAGGACCAACCACACAUUUUCAGUUUCAACACAGUAUUCUCAGUGUUAAUAAUAUCACCGUUAAAGCACUUGUAGCUAUUAAGGUGAUCCGUCCUAACCCAUAAGAACUAAAUAACACACGAAACUUGUAUAAUGCGGUAAGCAUUCUAGCAAAACGAUAUUUUUUAACAGACUAGUCCCUAUUCUUUUUACAAAGUUAACUCUUACAUCUGGGUGUAAAAAAUAGCUGCGCCCAAGUAGUUAUAUAUCUCUAUUACAUUCAAUGCAGAGUCGAUACCUUUUACUGGCAGUGGUUAGACUAAUGGGUUUCAGAAUUUUUUUUAGAUAUAUAUUCAUUAAAAGUCCUAAGAAUAUCCUAAUGUUAUUUCUGCUUCUUGGUAUUAUAAGCGACUUAGUUUUAUUUACAAAAUACCCUUAAUAGCUAGUUUGGACUUAGUAACCCAGUCUUUGUUUGAGCAUUUUUUAAAGAUA